AUGGCUGCAAGCGUAAGUCGGAUUGUGCCAUCUUCGUCCAUAUUGCGUCUUCUGAUUAUCUCUUCCGUCCUGCAGAUAUGCUCGUGCGUCGACCUCACCUAUUACGUAGAAGAAGGCAAGAACCCUGGCACCUUCGUCGGGGACAUUGCCGUUGAUUCCCACUUACUGAAUACUGUGCCUGCGCAGGAUCGCAGCCUGAUAAGGUUUUUACAACUGGAACAAAACACCACGGGAGCCUCGAAAAUGUUUCGUGUGGCCAAAAAGACAGGGAAACUCUACACAACGCAAACGCUGGACGCAGAGACGCUGUGUACCUACAAUACAGAAUGUUUCCGCAUGGUGGACGUUGCUGUCCGACAGGAGACGUCUUUUAUUAAAAUUCUCGAAAUCAAAGUUGUGUUGAAGGAUGUCAACGAUCAUCAGCCUGAGUUCAAAAACACUGAGGUCAGCCUCGAGUUUUCCGAGAAUGACAGUAAAGGAAUUCGAAAACUGAUUCCCAACGCCGUCGAUAGAGACAUCGGAGUCCUUAAUUCGCAAAUCACUUACCAGCUGAAAAGAAAUUUGAACGAGCCUUUCACGCUGUCCGUUGCUAAAAGCGUCGACGGCACGGCUGAUUUGAGCAUCACUUUGGAAGAAAGGCUGGACAGAGAACUGCAGGAUUCUUACAGGCUACAAGUCAUCGCUAAAGAUGGUGGGGUACCACAGAAACAAAGCGUCCUGAAUGUUCACAUCUUCGUUGUGGAUAUUAACGAUAACACGCCAAUUUUUUCACAAAACAUCUAUAAUAUCUCUGCUAACAAUGAACUCUUCGGAGCUAUGCCAGUUGCUAUUCUGUCGGCCACUGAUUUGGAUGCGGGUAAAAACGGGAAGGUUUCUUACCAUUUCAGUUCUAAGACUUCAAGAACUGCUUUGGAUCACUUCGAUAUAAAUUCUGAAACCGGAGAAAUAUUUUUGCAAAAGAAAUUUACUUCUCGACAGAAAAUGACUUAUAAGCUGUACGUGAAAGCGACUGACGGAGGUAGCCCGCCGCUGAGUUCAGUUACAAUGGUGCAAGUAAAUGUGAUCAACCAGCAGAAUAAUGCCCCGACAAUAGACGUGAAUUUCGUGUCAGCAUCCGACAAAAACACGGCGACUAUUUCGGAAGACAUCGAAGUCGGCAGUUUUAUUGCCUACGUGAAAGUGACGGAUGUCGACAUGGGCCAAAAUGGCGACGUCAUCUGCGACCUGCAUCACGACAAAUUCCAGCUACGGAGCCUCGGACCCAAAAAGUACAAAGUUACAGUUAAAAAUCCAGUCGAUAGGGAAUCCGACGACCACCACGACAUCACUAUCAACUGUCAGGAUCGUGGCUCGCCACCUUUGCACUGUGAAAGCAGGUUUUCCAUUCGCGUGACUGACGUCAAUGACGCGAAACCUGAAUUCUCGAAAGAGACCUUUAAAUUCUGGACCAACGAAAACGAAAAACCAAAGCUACCUAUCGGCUUUAUCAAUGCCACUGACCCAGACCUUGGGCUGGGGGGUAAACUAACCUACUCACUUUUGACUAACAGCAAGCAUUUUCUGCCUUUCCAGAUAUCCGACGAGGGACUCAUUUCGACAGUUGUGUCGCUAGAUCGUGAAUUUCAGGAAAUCUAUAAAUUCCAAGUGUUUGUCAAAGACAACGGUACACCGGCGCUUAGCAACACGGUGAAUGUUAUUGUGGAGGUGAAAGACGUUAACGACAACGCCCCCUAUUUUAUCUUCCCUAAUGUUAAUCCGUUUACACUGGACGUACUCUACUACCCCCACUUGACCAACAACAUCACGGUCCUGAAAGCUUCCGACAGCGACAGCCGGGAAAACGCAUUCCUCAAAUAUGAGAUCACCGCUGGCAAUGACAAACUACUCUUUAUGCUCAACCAUUAUUCAGGUUUCUUAACGUUUACGCGCGAAGUAACCCCACAGGACUCGGGACCGUACGAAUUGGAAUUCGUGGUUCGGGAUAGCGGCACUCCGCCCCUCUCAGCCACCACGAGGCUGAUAUUAGUCCUAACAGUGAGUAAUAAAACGUCGGAGAUGAUGAACGUCGUGCAUAUCCAGACAGGUAACAAGAUACACUUAAAUCUGGUAAUCAUCGUCACACUGACGGCUGUUGUUUUGUCGGUGGUCAUUACGGCGUCUGUGUCGCUCUGCAUCCUUCGAUGCAACAACCAGCUGAACGUUCCUCAUCGCGUCGGUGUGAAUUCGUCUAAGAAAUGCAUCAAUGAACAAAGACACCUGAUGUGUCCAUCGUAUCUGCAAACCUCGUGGAACGACGUACCGUUGACUAUUACCACGGAUUCGGAUCUAAGGAGCUCUCUUUCCUCAAAAUCUCGAAGAGGUCAGCACUGUGGCGAGGAAUUGACCGAAAAGGAAAAAUGUGCCAGUUUAGGAGUAGGGACGAAUCUACAUUCAUCUUCUGACGUCUUACACCAGGCUAAAGUGUGGGCUGGGUUUUUCAUUAAUAUUUUUAUUCGUUUUUUUUUUUUUGUUUGUUGCUUGUGUUUUUUUUUCUUUUUUUCUUUUUUUGUUUUUUUUUUAAUUACCACUCACUUCGUUGUCUUUUCUUUCUGGUGUCUUUUCUUUCUUUUUCUUAUCUUUCUUUUGACUGAAAAAAAUUUCUUACCUUAUUCUUCAUCUUCUUAUUACCCCACUCUUACCUUAUUCUUUUGA